AUGGAUAUCCAGUUGGGGUCUCACUUCAAGCUGUCGCCAGGGCAUCCAAAUUCCACACAGCUCUCAGCCUGUCCCUUUGUGUAGUUGUACACUUGUCAGGGGAGAGGGAGACAGCAAAACCAGGAGUACGGGGGGAUCAGAGAGAGAUUUAUAGGCUGGAAAAAACAGAGGGCUUUAAAUACUUAAGUAGUGAGAAACAUAAAAACAUCAGGACUUGCAAGGAGAGCAAAUGUCAUGUUAAUCCUGAAUUAAAUGCAGGAUUAAGGCUUGGAAAAUUACACAGAAAAGUAUGAUCCUUGGCAGAGCUUAGUUUAGGGAGAGACUAUCAGAGAGUGUUGGUGCGCAUUCAGGGGAGGUUAGGUGAGGGGGGAGUCUUCAGCUCUAAUCUGGCUUCCUACAUAGUUUAGAAAAAUAAUUAAUAAUCUAUUCAAUGAAGUAGUAGUUGAGAAUCCCCAACCCAUUUUCUGUAGAGUAAAGCUGAGGACACACAUAUAUAUCUUCAGGGAGUAGAGAAGGAAAUCCUGGACUCAUACUGCAAAGUGGGCAGGUGCCAAGGAGACCUUUAAUACAUUUAUUAACUGGAAAGGUGAAUUGAGAAGGGCACCUAAAGUCUGGAGUGGACAACUAAAAGCCUUUGUACAUCCUGAUACAUCUCUUGGGAUAGAAAUUUAUUUCUAAAGCUUUCAUUGGCUCUUUAUAACCACAAGGACUAGCAUCACCAACCUAUCACAUGUUUUUUUUCUAUUUUGUACCUGGAGUCCACAUAAUUUGUUCCCUUCAGCAGUGUGGAUUAACGUGGGUCUACUUCUGUAACCUGUGUAGCAAAGAUCUCCUGACGUGUCAACUGUCUACCGACUCUGGUUCCUACCCUGGCCUCUUCUACCCCACCACUUGUUCUAUCUAUAAUUCAUAACCCACUCUGCAGGAAAAUCUCCCAGCAAUACCAAAUCAGAAAAACAAUCAGUACUUAAGAAAGGAGAUAGAAUUGCCUUUUGCACAUCUUCAGGAUACAUUUUAACUACAGGAGUGGUACCUUGGCACAAGUGAUACCAGAGAGAUGUCCAGCAACAGCACAAUUCUACAGCAGCUCCUGUAUACCUCACCCCACUGCGAUGACUGGAAUGAGUUUAUGGAACAGGGACUAUACCAUCUCGCAGCUGUCAUUCUCUUGUUGGCAUUCAUGGGUGGCAGCACCAUCUUUGGCUGUAUUUACAUCUUUGUGCUUUUGUUUGCCGGCUUCCUGUGCACUGCUGUAUGGGGCUGGUUGGCGGCGUGUGGGGUUGACAUUUUCAUAUGGAAUUUGCUUUUAAUGGUUAUCUGUGUGAUGCAAGUUGCCCACCUCCUGUACCAGCUGCGGAAGGAGUCUUAUGGAGAGGACUAUGACACCCUUUACCGCACGCUGUACCAACCCCUGCAGGUGCCCUUGCCAGUCUUCAAGGAGAUAGCUCACUGCAGCAUGAUGCAGGUGCAGACGCUGAGCAGAGACCAGAACUAUGCAUUGGAGGGGAAGACACCCAUCGAUCGCCUCUCCCUUCUCAUCUCUGGCAGGGUGAAGGUGAGUCUCGAUGGCCAAUUUCUGCACUAUAUCUUCCCCUACCAGUUUUUAGACUCCCCUGAAUGGGAAUCUCUGCAUCCAUCUGAGGAAGGGGCAUUCCAGGUGACCCUAACGGCAGAGACAGACUGUACAUAUGUGAGUUGGCCAAGGAAGAAGCUGUAUCUUCUACUAGCCAAGGAAAAAUACAUUGCACGUCUGUUCUCUGUGCUCCUCGGAUUUGAUAUCUCCCAGAAACUCUACGCUCUCAAUGAUAAACUCUUCGCUAAGUUUGGGUUACGCUUUGACAUUCGUCUGCCAAGCCUCUACCAUGUACUGGGGCCUUGCUCGGGGUCAGUCGGAGAUAUAGAAUCUGUUGCAGAGCCACUGGCUUCUCUCAUCCCACAGGACCAUGCGCCCAUACACAAGGUCGCUCCAGUUCUUCCUCACCAGCCCCCUGGCAACAAGGGUACCCGGCCUGAUAGUGGCAAUAUGGGUGAGGACUCCAGCAGCCUAAUCCUGGAGGAUUUUGCAGAGCUACCUGGUUCUUUUAUGGAUUAUGUGAGCGAGGGGGAGUAUAUGAAGUGAGAGGGGGCAGCUGGUAUGGGAGUGCCCACUUGCAGUAUCCUGAACAGGGCCCACCCUCGUGCUCUGUCACAUGGAAGAGCCCCGCUGGCUCCAACUAAGACACCAGAACUAUAGGGAACAAAUGAGAAGACCCAGUAAUGCAGUGACAUGAUGCACAAGUGUGUGUAUGUCUGAACUCACAGAAGCACAGCUAUACACUGAAAGCAACUAGAGGCUGCUGUGCACUCGCACAAAAAUAUUAUUAUUUCCCCAAGCACAAAGUAUAUUACUGUAUAUAUACUUACAGUGUACACAUACACACGUGUAUAUAUAUAUAUAUAUAUAUAUAUAUACACACACACAUACAUAUAU